UUAAGUGUAUUUCGGUCGCAAAAAAUACAACCAUGCACAUAGCUACCAACAUUCCGCACUAAAAAAAUGGGCUGAGGAAUAAAAGUGAAAUUUCUAAGAGCAAGAAAAUUGUUUUGAUUCGCAAAAAAAAAAAUACAAUUACGUUCAUUCAUUAAACAUAUAUCAAGUGCGACAUAUCAGACUAUAGAUAUAUAGUAAGUAACUAACUUACUGUGUACUCUAUAUAGUUAGUGUUAGUGCAACUGCUUCGUAGUACAGUGUUAAGAUGUGAUUUAAGACUCCGUGCGAGUCAAUAAAAUUUUGCAGAAUUGCGUACAAUUAUAAAGAAAAAUUUGCAAAGGUAUUGGUUGCGCUGACAGCGACCCGUUUUGCCUUCACAAAGUAUGGCAAACGAUUUAGCGGCGCACGGGACCAGCUUUGCAGCUAAUAGUGAUACGGGUACUCGACUAAUUGGACAACAGGACUAUGAACAGCAACAACAUUUUACUAGGAAUGGGAAUCGCUGGCAAUCCUCAAGAUUUGCAUCAUUACGAUGUUGUGGCAAUUUAAUAACAUAUCUGUUAAGGUUGCGAAGUACUCCUGAAGAACUGGAGCAGCGCUACAAAUCUAGAGAAAUUGAUAAAUUUUUAGAAAAAGAGAAACACACAUUCAGACGACAGGUAAAACUUUUACUUUUGGGCGCUGGUGAGUCAGGAAAGUCAACAUUUUUAAAACAAAUGCGAAUCAUACAUGGAGUCAAUUUUGAGCCUGAACUAAUACGUGAAUACCAACAUGUGAUAUACCAAAAUGUAAUACGAGGAAUGCAAGUAUUAAUUGAUGCAAGGGAAAAAUUAGAAAUUGCUUGGGAAAAUAACGAAAAAGAAAACGAUGCAAACGACGCCAAAUUUUUAGAAUGCAACUCAAUAGAGGUAGAAAAGUUUGUGCAGUGGGCACCACUCAUACGAAGGCUAUGGCAGGAUCGAGGAAUUAAAAGAGCCUACGAAAGGCGAAGGGAAUUUCAAAUUAGCGAUUCAGUCAGUUACUUUUUAGAUGAAAUAGAUCGCUUAGCUAAAUAUGAUUAUGUACCUACACACAGGGAUAUUUUGCAUUGUCGAAAAGCAACCAAAGGAGUUUAUGAAUUUCGUGUAAAAAUACAGAACAUUCCAUUUGUGUUCGUUGAUGUCGGCGGACAACGUACUCAACGGCAAAAAUGGACCAAAUGCUUUGAUACAUCAGUAACAUCAAUCAUAUUUUUGGUUUCUAGUUCAGAAUUUGACCAAGUACUUGCAGAAGACAGAAAAACGAAUAGACUAGAAGAGUCGAAAAAUAUUUUCGAUACAAUCGUGAAUAACAAUACUUUUAAAGGCAUUUCGAUAAUAUUAUUUUUAAACAAAACCGAUUUACUCGAACAAAAAGUACGCAACCCAGAGACUGAUAUACGCUGGUUUUAUCCACAAUUUAAUGGUAACCCACACUCAUUGUUGGACGUACAAAAUUUUAUAUUGGAAAUGUUUAUGAGAGUGCGAAAGAGUCCACAAAGUCGCACAUAUCAUCAUUUUACCACUGCCAUAGAUACGCGCAACAUAAACGUUGUAUUCAAUUCUGUUAAGGAUACAAUAUUGCAGCGAAAUUUGAACGCUCUGAUGCUGCAGUAAUUCUAUACUACGAGUGUUUUACGAAAACAAUGUAAAUUAUUUAAUACUCAGAGCUCAUAACCUAUACAGAAUAAUGCCAUAAUUCAGCUCUAGCUCAAACUAAUUUACGUUGUAAAUUAGUGUAGAAACAACGAACAAAAAGCAAAACAUUGGAUACAAUUGUUCAACUGGCACAGAUACGAAUCGUUAAAUCGCGAUGAACAAAAAAAGGUUAUGGGAAUUUAUAGCGCUUGCUCUCCAUUAGUGCCAGCAACUUUUGUUGUAGCUCCGAAGUUAAUCGAAUAAAAUAAUAUAAAAUAUUUCUUUUUUAUUUUUGUAUUUUUGUAGUUUUAUUU